UGAGGACACGAACGGAGCGGUCGCAUAAUUUCGAUCCGUCGUUUCCUCACCAGCACACAGGUGUUUGUUAGCGGCGUCGAGAUCAGGCAGAGGAAAGAGAGGAAGGUGACAAAAGAGAAGAGAAGAAAAAAGAAGCCCAAGAUUUUUCCUCGAUUCGGAACGCGAAAUUGCGCCGACGAUGAUAUCGACGUUGGUUUAUCGCGGCGCGGUGCUGAUUCAGCGAGCAAAAAGCCAUUUCUAUGCCUUUUUGCGGUUUGCGCCAACUGGUGGUUAGCUCAUUGUCAGGCCUAACCCGCGCCUACUUCUUCGGGAUCGACGUCUUAUGCGUUAAAUCACGACUGACACUCGAUCGAUCCGGCGGUACAACGCAGCCCAGUCCGCCAGAUCCGAGUGCGAACGUACAAACUUAUGCGAACCGACACUGGUGCAUAUCCAAUUUCCGCACAAGCGCACGCCCACGUUGGACUCAGAGAUUGAUCACGUGGAUGCACGAAUGUACAGAGACGGUACACGUGGAGUGCCCAAAAACCAUGAUUGAUUCAGUUGUGAGUUAGAGAAAAUGACUUUGAUUUUUUUACGAAGAAACAAUCUUCGUGUCGAUGCGAGAGGAGUAAGAGGAGCCACUGCAUCUAUUGCGGGAGUUAUGUAAUUGUCCGUGACGACGUCCGCUUCGUUACAUGUAUCAUUUUCACGCGCGUUCUCCUGCGGAUGAAGAUGCGGUCGGAGAAUAAGGAAAAAUUGACACGCUGAUUCGAUUCCGAAAAGUACAUAAAAAGUAAUUAUAUACACGCUGACGAGUAUAAAUAACUUUUAGA